UCACAACACAUCCCUAUCAGCUCAUGCAAGAUCACAUACAGAUGGCAAAUUAUAUUAUUUCCGAGUUUUGACCAAAAUACUUCAACACUUCUCACUAAAAGAUGAUCUUCACCUUUAACUGUGGUUUGAAAGGAAGCGUGGUUCGAGGAAUGCCAGGCCUUUAACGUGAAAGCAACAUUUCAUUUCCUUAAUGCACGGUGGUGUUUCCUGCACCAUCAAUCUUUUCUGUUGGACAGGCAGUAAAUGAAGGGGGAGGUGGACGUGACACGUGUCGGCCAAGCUGAUGGCAGGUGUCUGAUGCGUAAACGGAGACGGUGGAGGAGAGGAGAGGGGCAACAGGUGGAAGGAGGGAGACAGGUGCUCUGGGAGGAGUAAGGGGGUGUAUUUAAGGAGCCGUUGUCCACAUCCUCCCACAUCAGCAAGCUCCUGUCUUUGUUCCUCAUCCUCAGGCCAGCAGCUCGUCUCCACUCAGAAUGUCCCAUCUCAAAAAAGAGAACGCCUCCACCCUGGAGAACGCCAUGCAGCUCAUGAUCCAAACCUUCCACAAGUACUCCGGAAACGAGGGGGACAAGUACACGCUGAGCAGGGCCGAGCUCAAAGAGCUGCUCACCACAGAGCUGGGCAACUACCUGGGUAACGCUCAGGACAAAGAGGCCGUGGACAAGGUCAUGAACGACCUGGACUCCAACAACGACGGCGAGGUCGAUUUCACCGAGUUCGUCAUCCUGGUCGGAGCUCUGACCGUCGCCUGCAACGACUUCUUCCUGGAGUUCAACGAAAAGGAGGAGAAGAAGAAGUGAGCCCCCCACCCCCAAAAAAAAUAAAAUUAAAAAAAUUAAAAACUAAAAAACUAAAACCCACAAGUUCCAGGGGAGGAAACAGCUCAGGCAGGAGAGACAUCCUGGUGUGGAGCUAACACACACACACACACACACACACAC